GAGUGUAUAGAAGAGCGAGCAGUCACAAAACUUCAGUUGGAUAAUAUGGAUAUUACCAGGCGCCAUCUUUCGUUUACUAAUGAACAGGAAUCAACAACAGAACCAGCUGAAGAUGAUACAGUAAUAAUUUAUAAUCGUGUACCAAAAACUGGCAGUACUUCCUUCGCAGGCAUGGCCUAUGAUCUCUGCACACAAAAUAAAUUCCAUGUUCUUCAUUUAAAUACAAGUAAAAAUUCUCGGACACUGUCUCUGUCUGAUCAGAUGAGAUUUGCUGUAAAUAUUACUACAUGGUCCGAGAAGAAGCCGGCUUUAUAUCACGGACAUUUAGCUUUUCUAGAUUUCACGAGGUUUGGAAUAAUAAAAAAGCCCAUUUACAUAAACAUAGUUCGAGAUCCUUUAGACAGACUAGUUUCUUAUUACUAUUUUGUAAGAUAUGGAGACGAUUUCAGACCAUUUUUAAAACGUCGUAAAGCUGGAAACAGAGAGACCUUUGAUGAUUGUGUCAAGAGAUCUGGAGAUGAUUGUAGUGCAGAUAAUCUCUGGUUGCAGAUUCCAUUCUUCUGUGGUCAUGUGGCAGAGUGCUGGAUUCCAGGCAGUCAGUGGGCACUAGAACAAGCCAAGCAAAAUCUUAUUCAUCAUUAUCUGGUUGUGGGUGUAACAGAAGAACUGGGUGAUUUUAUAGCCAUAUUAGAAGCCACUUUACCUCGCUUCUUUAAAGGAGCUGUUCAGCUCUAUAAUUCUGGAAGGAAGUCUCACCUGAGAAAAACUACCAAGAAAAUCACACCAUUGCCUGAAACUGUGGACAAAAUCAGAGAAUCAAAAAUCUGGGCCAUGGAAAAUGAGUUUUAUGAAUUCGCAGUGGAGCAAUUCCACUUCCUUAAACAUCAGACAUUUGAUUUAGUGAAUGGAGAAUUUGUAGAAAAAGGAAACAGAUUUAUGUUUGAAAAGAUACGCCCAAGAUAGAAAAUGUGAAAAUUAAAAGACAGAUUUAUCCAAGAUUUAUCCACUCAAUGUUCAAACUCAAGGAAUAGUUAUUUUAGUCAAAGCCAAAAUGGCUACCAAUGCAGUAUGUAUCAAUGGUAUUUAUUGGUUGAUUUGGUACCUCAUAUAUAGUGUAUAAAAACCUUUUUAAUUAGUCAGGAAAAUUUAGUAGUUAAUAAUUAUGUGAUUGUAAUAUUGAUGAUGAUUGGUCAUCUAGAAAAAUUCACAUAAUUUUUAUUGGUCAGUUUUAUUGACUAUAUUUAAAACCAUGUGUGAUUGGUUUAGAAAUGAUUGAUGUUAUUAUAUAAUAAUGUCAAAUAUUGUUAUACAUAUACAUGCCAAAGACCUGUAACCUGUGAAAGAAGUUUAUGAAAAUAUAUCCAGAUUAUAUGACCAUUUACCAAAAUCUUUUGCAAAUACCAAUUUUGCUAAUUAACUUUCUCAAGAAAUCAGUCUUUCUUCUUAAUUUUACAAAAGAUUUUAAAAAUAACUUGAUGAAUUUUACUUUAUUUUUCUAGAAAUCAUAGAUCAUGCAAACCAUAUACUUUCCACUUCUACUGCAAUGGAUAUUGGCCAGACAAAAAAUUGUGAAUUGUCAAUAACUGAUUGAUUGAGACAUGAGUUCCCAUAAGUAAUCGCAUGGCAGUCAGUUGCCAUAUACAUUUACGCAAUUUUGUUAAUAUUCAUAUAAAUAAUUUCAAAGAGACAAAUUGGGCUGGAGUGAUCAAGACUAUAGGAAUGGUUGUACAUAUAAUUAUUUACUCAAAAUAAGUCCAGUUUUGGGUUGUGCAAAGAUUAAGUAAGUUAUUCAAAAGUGAAAUAGAAAUAAUUGCACAAUAAAAUGCAUGUUACUUCAGUAUCAUUUGUGGAACACAAGUCAUUUGAUUAUGAUAGUUCUGGUUCAUCUUCACUAUGAUUGGUAAUUUGAUUGGAUGCAGUCAGUGCUGUAUGAUUAUCAUUAUUCUAGUCAUCAGGUGGUACAUUGUUUCCACAUUUGAAAAUGUGAAGAUGGUCCUGCUUGUGAAAUAAACCUUCUGGAACAUUCUUUUUCAUAUCGAUUAACAUUUAUAUAAUUAGAUAAAAGUAUUAAGAAAUUAUUCUUCCAAGAAUUAUACAAUUACAUAUAUUUUGAGAAUGGUCCCUAGAAAAUUUUGUUUUUCAAAAAUAUCAGACUUUGUUUUGGUUUAUAAUACAAAAUAUUUUUGUCUGUAUGUGAAGUAGAUAAUUAGCAGAUUAUGUCUUUUUAAAAUUACAGAUACUGACACCAAGGUAACCUUUUAAAGAAUAAUACUUUAUAUGAAUAAAAAAGGAAAUAUAUAUUAUUAUUUUCGAACUACAAGCUUGUGAUGUAUAUAAAAUAAUGUAAAUAGACAGUGUAUGAAAGCGAUGUGCAUAUUUUAUUGGAUUAUAUUUAGUGUUGAUAUUGUAUUUAACUUGAAUCAUUGUAACUUUAAAUAUAUGAUUAAUUGAGAACUCAUGUGCUUCUGAUUGACAGAGAAAAUCCACUUAAAGUAGAUGAUGUUGGAAAAAUAGAUUUAUUUUUAGUAAUAAACAAAUGGUGUGUGCUAAUUAAAACUUUCGGAAAUAUCUUUUAUUAUGGAACUUUUAAUCCUUUUUAAAACUUAAUCUUUGCUUUGCAUAAAUGAAAAUUUUAAGGUAUAAUUGCUAUAUUAGCGAUAUUUUUAAUUUUGAUCUUGUUGAACUUUUAUGAAUUUUUUUGUGCUUUGACUUGAUGUGAUUUUUUUUUCACACAUGGAAAUGGAUGUUUUAAAUUUUUGAUGAUGAAGUGAAUUAUGUUUUGAAUUGUUAAAAUUGACAUAAAGAUGUAUAUAUUUAGUCAAGAGUAAAUGAACAGAUGGGUGAGUGCAUGGAAAUGUUUCAAAAUGACUGAAUGUGUAAGAAAUGAGUAAUUUGAAUGAAUGAUGUGAUACUCUUAAACCAAAGUUAAUGAUAUUUUCAUCUUUUUUUAAUUAUUAUUAUUUAAGUUGUCAUGUAAGUAUAUAUAUACAUAUAUUAUAUGAUGCGAGUAGUACAAAGAUAUGUCAAUUUAUGUAUAUAAAUAGUUCUGAUAUUUCACCUUUCUACUUUUGACCUAAAUUUAUUUUAGGGUAGCAUGUAAUCGCAACUGCAGGCUGAUUUUUUGAUCCAGAACAUACCUGAUCUGAUUGUGCAGUCUCUCCAACAAAGAAAUCAUACUGACUUCAAAUUCAUUUUUCCAAAGCAAAUUACCCAAAAUUAUGGUUCCUACAGACAUGAUUAAAAUUUGUAUAUAGCAGAUGGUGCUGCAAUAGACAUUAUAGUAAAUUAAACACAGGAAAUUGCAGUAUGGCGCACAACAACAUUUAUUAAGAAAAGUUCCCAGUUUUUUACCAGAAUCCUACUACUUGAAGCCUCUGCUUUGUGAAUGCAGUCUUGGACAAAAAUUGUUGAGUUAUUGAUUAUUAAAUUAAUAUUACUGCAAAAAAUAUCACACACAUAAUUCAGUGAAUAACUGCAAAAAUUAUCACACACAAGUUCAGUGAAUCUGAUAUGACAAAAAUGGCUUGCCGGCCAAAAGCUUUAAAUUGAUCGAUGUACAUGUAUUUUACACAUCUUUUUAGUGCUUGCCGGCCAAAAGCUUUAAAUUGAUCGAUGUACAUGUAUUUUACACAUCUUUUUAGUGCUGAACACUCAUUAAUUGUAUGUUUUAUGAUAUAAUGAUAUAAACUAAGCCUAAAAUCAAUUACAAUUAACCAAAUUAUAUGCCAUAUUAUGUUAAUUGACCACUGCAAACUUUCAAAUGAUUUUCAUUAAAACUGCAUUUAAAUGAAGUAUAAAAGUAACCAGGUAUUUAUAUCUGAUUAAGUUUAACAUCCAAAAUAAUAAUGAGCCUAUAUUUAGAAUAUGUACCUCAUUUGGUAGAUGGAUCGAUCAAAAUGGCAGAUAUGUUAUUGACGUAGGUCAGUCAAUUAUUCAAAAAGAGUGUUCUUGUUAGGCAGGUGUGAUUGUAAAUAUGGAUUCAAUAUCAAGAAUUCUUUUACCUUAAAAGAUAAUUGGCUUUUAAUUGUCUAGAAAUCAUUUGUAAAGCCCAGAAAGUAGUUGUUACUAGGGUCCUAUUUUUUAUACGCCCACAUUUUCAUGUGGACGUAUUAUGCCGUCGCCCCUGUCUGUCCGUCUACAAUUUGUUUGUGGACAAUCUACAGGUCACAAUUUUUAUCAGAUUUUGCUGAAACUUAAAAUAUAGGUCUAUCUCCCAGAGAUCUCGGUUCCUUUCGAUAUUGGCAUGUAUCGGACCAUAACUUCAUGGAUUAUAGCCCCUGAUUAUACAAAAAAUCCCAUUUUUAGCUUGUGGACACACAAGAGGCCACAUUUUUGAUCCGAUUCUGAUGAAACUUGAAAUUCAAGUUUAUAACUUAAAGAUCUUGGUACCUUUCGAUAUUCGCGCAUAUCCGAACAUAACUUCCUGGAUUAUAGCCCCUGCUUGUUAGAAAAAUCACAUUUUUAGCUUGCAGAUUCUCUAGAGGUCACAAUUUUUUUUCUGAUUUUAAAAACUGUUUAAAUGUAUCACCAUUCCACCAUAAUGAAGGUUGAAUUUCAAAUUUCGGGAAACUUGAAAUAAAACUGCCGAACAAAAUGGCCGCUCUUCUGUGUAAAAGUAUGCUUAAUAAGGAGGUUAUGAACCCUCUAGAGGUUAUAAUUUUUAUUCGAUUUUGAUGAAAAUUAAAACAUAUCUGUAUAUCCGAAAGAUCUCAGUCCCUUUUGAUAUUUGCGCAUUUCAGACCAUAACUAUCUGGAUUAUCGCGUUUGUUUUUAACUUGUUCUCUAUCCAUUUCUUGCAAAAUGUGGGCGUAUCCUGCCUGGCAGCCGCUGGUUAAACAUUUAAAAGGUUUAUAUGGAUGUGUUGUAGAAGUUUUACCUUUAUAUUUAUGACAGUUUCUUAGAACUUUUACAAUAAUGUUUAAUUGCUUAGCAUUACUUUAGUUUUCUUCCAUAUUAAUAUAGUAUGUACCAGGAAAUAUGAAGAGCCACAAGAAACAAUUUAUUUUAAAUUAUUUCACGCUCAGGGAUUGCCUGUUUUCUUAACCGGCUGUCAACUUAUUAUUUUCUUUAAAAUAAAGGGAGAUAGAAAAUGGCUGAUGGCUGAUAGAAAAUAUUAUACUGUGUAGAUAAUGCAUAUGGUUAUACUCUAUAGGGGUUAUGGUAAAUGCUCAGAUUUUGCAGCAAAAUGAUAUUUUAGUUAAAAUAAUUUAUUUUUCUUUGAAAGUUUUUGUUUGCAAUUAAUCCCAUAAAGUAUAGAUAUCAAAAAGGUUUUUUCAUGCUGUAUUCAACAAGUAGAUAUUAAUCUAUUCUAUUAUUUUCAUUUGUUUAUCAUUUUAUUAUGUGCAUUGCGAUAUUUGGUUUAUCUUUCCAAAGAUGUUCUGUUUUAUAUUCUAUGCUAUUCUUGAUCAUAAUAAACCUAAUUAAUAUUAGUGCUAAUUUGAUCCAAAAAUAAUCCUUACCUAAGAUAUAUAUAAUCUAGUCUGAAAUGAAAAAUAUUUGUAAAACACAUGACUAUUUCUCAUUAAAAAUAUUUCCUGUGUGUUACAUCUCAACAAGUCAAAUUUUUUAUGGUAUAUAUAUAUAUAUAUAUUAUGUGCUUAAGAUCACAAAGAUUGAUUUGUUGUAAAUGUCUAAUUGAUACUCCUUGUAUGUUAUUUCAUUUGAUUCAUUUAUGGAGCAUAAAACACCCAGUUGUGGCAAAAAGUAGAUAUGUUGUGGUGUAUUAUUUGUGAUGUACAUUUGUAAUAUUUCUAUGGUGAUAGGUUCAUUUGUCCACAAUAAAGACAAAAAUUAAAAAAUGCAAAUAAAAUUAAUUAUAUAUCUAA